UAAAUCAUGAUAACGUCAUAAUUCAAUGGCGGGGUCGAGAGAAAACGUCAUUUUGACAGAAUGGCAGAAAGUCUAGAAAGUCAAUUACAAUUUAUAUUAAAGUACGUGUUUUUAUUUAUCUUAUAAAAAUGUAAAAUUGUCUAUUCAUUAAAUCGUAAAAAUAAGAAACAGAAAAUAAUGUCAUAAAUAAUUUUCUUUAAAAUAACUAAAAAAAGUGAAUUUCAUUAAACGAAAUAUAUUAUAAAAUUUUAUUGCGUCGUCAAAGUGAACGGUUGCAAAAAUUGUACGUGUCGUGUUUGCAAAUGCAUCGUUAGUUUUACACAGAGUUCCUGACCGUAAUACGGUACGGAUGUGAUGGAGGAUUACAAAUUUCUCUUUAAAGUUGUACUCGUAGGAAAUGCGGGUGUCGGCAAGACUUGUCUCGUGCGUAGAUUUACCCAGGGAUUAUUUCCUCCAGGUCAAGGUGCAACAAUAGGUGUUGAUUUUAUGAUUAAAACUGUAGAAGUAGAAAAUGAGAAAGUUAAGCUUCAAAUCUGGGAUACUGCUGGUCAAGAAAGAUUUCGAUCAAUAACACAAAGUUAUUAUAGAUCAGCUCAUGCUUUGAUUUUAGUAUAUGAUAUUUCUUGUCAACCUACAUUUGAUUGUUUACCAGAUUGGUUAAGAGAAAUUGAAGAAUAUGCAAGUAACAAAGUUCUUAGGAUAUUAGUAGGUAAUAAAAUUGAUCGAGAAGACAGAGAAAUACCAACACAUGUAGGAGAAGAUUUUGCACAAAGACAUGGAAUGUACUUUUUAGAAACUUCAGCUAAAGAAGCAGAAAAUGUAGAGCGAUUAUUUAUGGAAAUAGCUGCUGAACUCAUGGAGCAAGCACGCAGUAAAGAGCUACCUAGAUAUGAAACAAAUACAACUUCAAUAAAUGGAAAAACAACAUCAAUUGGUGAUACAAGUAACUGUGGUUGUAGUAGACUUUCUUAAGUAGCUUUUAUAUCUAUGAUUAAGUCAUUCAACAAAUGCAUAAUUUCAGUUGCUAAAUAUGUAUGUAGAAUAUUAUCAUACAGUUUUUAUAGAAUGUGAAGAUUGAAUUGCAAUAUUAGUCAAUCUUCUAUAACUAAAUGAAAAGAAUUUUAAUAUUAAAAUCUUUGAUAUUAUAUGUUAGCAUCUAGUGUUAACAAGCAGAAUUAUUGAUAAUUUUGUUGCAAAAAAUAUUUAAUAUCUGAAAUUAAAAUGAACUUUAAAUAUGUUGAUA